GAGGAAACUGAUCUGAGUGUCUGUGUCGUCUGUCUGUGAGAGAGUGAACAACCGUCCAAAUGGCUCAACAGGGAGUUCUGCUGGACCAGGACCAGUUCUGUUGUUCUGUCUGUCUGGAUCUACUGAAGGAGCCGGUGGUUAUUCCCUGUGGACACAGUUACUGUAGGAGCUGUAUUGAGGGCUGCUGGGAUCAGGAUGAUCUGAAAGGGGUCUAUAGCUGUCCUCAGUGCAGAGAGACGUUCACUACAAGGCCUAAUCUGAGGAAAAAUAACCUGUUGGCUGAGCUGGUGGAGAAACUGAGGAAGACAGGACUCCUGGCUGCUCCCCCUCCUGCUCUGUGCUAUGCUGGACCUGGAGAUGUGGCGUGUGAUUUCUGCACUGGGACCAGAAAGCAGAAAGCCCUCAUGUCCUGUCUGGCAUGUCUGGCCUCCUACUGUGAGACUCACCUCCAACCUCACUAUGAAUCUCCUGCUUUCAAGAAGCACAAGCUGGUCAAAGCCACGGCACAACUACAGGAGAAGAUCUGCUCUCAUCAUGACAAACUGCUGGAGGUUUACUGUCGUACCGAUCAGCAGUGUAUCUGUUAUCUGUGUACAAUGGAUGAACAUAAAGGCCAUGAUACAGUGUCAGCUGCAGCAGAGAGGACUGAGAAACAGAGGCAGCUGGGGAUGAGUCAGCAGAAGGUCCAGCAGAGAUUCCAGGAGAGAGAGAAGGAGCUGAAGGAGCUCCAACAGGCUGUGGAGUCUCUCAAGCGCUCUGCACAGUCAGCAGUGGAGGACAGUGAUCAGAUCUUUACUGAGCUGAUCCGCUCCAUUGAGAGAAGGAGUUCUGAGGUGAAGGAGCUGAUCAGAGCCCAAGAGAAGGCUCAAGUGAGUCAAGCUGAAGGACUCCUGGAGCAACUGAAGCAGGAGAUAGCUGAGCUGAGGAAGAGAAGCACUGAGCUGGAGCAGCUCUCACACACAGAGGAUCACAUCCAUUUCCUCCAGAGUUAUCAGUCUCUCUCCAGUAUCAGUGUAUCUUCAGACUUACCCAGCAUCGUUGUCCGUCCUCUUCAGUACUUUGGAGAUGUGAGUAAGUCUGUGUCUGAACUGAGAGAGAAACUAGAAGACUUCCUUAAAGGAGAAUGGACCAAGAUCUCCACUACAGUGAAUAUAGUGGAUGUUGUACUGCCUCCAGAGCCCAAGACCAGAGAACAGUUGUUACAAUAUUCCUGUCAUCUCACACUGGACCCAAACACAGCACACACAGACCUCUCUCUGUCUGAAGGGAACAGAAAGGUGACCUGUACAGGCCAAGUCCAACCAUAUCCUGUCCAUCCAGACAGAUUUACCAACUGGUGCCAGGUUCUGUGUAGAGAGGGUCUGUCUGGACGCUGUUACUGGGAGGUGGAGUGGACUGGUGAUGUUGUUACAGCAGUCUCAUAUAAAGACAUCAGCAGAACAGAGAGAGGGACAGAUGGUGGAUUUGGACUCAAUAACAAGUCCUGGAGUUUACAUUACUAUAGAGGUGAUUAUUGGUUCAGACACAAUCAUGUUGAGACUGAAGUAUCAGGCCCUCAGUCCUCCAGAGUAGGAGUGUACCUGGAUCACAAGGCAGGUACUCUGUCCUUCUACAGUGUCUCUGACACAAUGACCCUCCUCCACAGAGUCCAGACCACAUUCACUCAGCCCCUCUAUCCUGGAUUUUAUCUCUAUGAUUAUAAUGAUACUGCUGAGCUGGUUAAACUGUAGUAGGGUCCACAUAGAUACUAGUCAUGCUGGUGUAGUCUAUAGCUGAGCUGGUUAAACGGUAAACUGAUUUGUUAUUAAUUACAAUUCAAUACAAUGUUUUAAUCUUGUACAUUUCCAUGAAUCAUGAUGUCUGGUGUUGAUGUAUAUUGGUUGUCAUUCAGAACCAUUGACAUGUUUUCUCAGUUGGUUCUCUGUCUCUCUGUAAUUCUCCUCAGUAUCAUUGAUCAGCUUGUUGGCUCGGUUCUAAUUGAUGUGUUCUCUGUCACCUGGAGCUGCAUGGAAAAUGGUCCAGGAACUAAAGGACAAUUCAGGACUAGUCAGCCCACUACAAGCUGGUAUCACUUACUUUCUACUAAACUAUAUGGUCUGGUUUCCCAGGCACAGAUUAAUCCUAGUCCUGUACUAAACAGUAUGUUCAAUGUAGAUGUCCAGGAAACCGGCCCUAAAUGUGUCAUCUUUCAUCCUCCCAUACUGCUCAGUCCAGCAACAUUAAACCUGUCCAGCAGGUGGUGCUGUUGACCAAACAAUAAAACCAGCAGAUAUCUUGACUUGCCACUCAGUAUAUCAGUAAUGUUCAGAAUAGUACUUUAAUAUCAUUGGAGAUUGAUGGUCUUUUUAAUCCACUAUCCAGAGUCAGGAACAGAUGAAGUUAGGUCUGCUACUGUUCAGUGAUUAAAUAUGAUUUAUGGUGAUGGGAAAUAAUAAAAAACACUCAACUUCAUCUAG